CACAGCCACAAACUGUCAAGUUCCGUGCACAGUGUAAUGAUUUUAGCGUCUCAGCAUUUCAUAAUUUUCUUGUUUCCACUGAAAUAACUGAAUAAGAUACACUAGUAUUUAGAUAACCUGUAUUUACUGAUAUGCCUGAACUAAAAGUAUGCCGGGUAUGCCUCAACAAAGAUGUUACAAUGUAUAAAUACGAUCGAUUCCAGUUAAAGUGUUUUUAUGAAGAAAUUAUGGCUGAAAAGAUUGACCAUCGGGACGGACUACCUCAGUGCUUCUGUUAUGAAUGUGCCACAAUGCUGUAUAAAUUCCACAAAUUUAAGGAGAAAUGCAAAAUUGGACAGAAAACCCUCAAAGAGAUCCUUAUCAAAGGAAGUCUUACUUACACAUCUGUAAAUAGAAUAGACAGAGAGAAAAAGAAUCUAAAAUCUAAUCUAGGUAUAGUCAUCGCAAAUGAAAGAGUAAAAACACAGGUAAUAAGACACCGAAGUUCAAAUUAUGAAACAAGGGUUCCGGAAAUCGAAAAAAUUGAAAUUGAUUCUCAGAGUGACUAUUCAGAUGUCCAAGAACGUAACAACUCCGAUUAUGAUAUAGAUGAAACUGCUGUAGAAGAAGUAGUUGUUGAGGACAAAAAGAAUUUAGAGCUUGUGUUCACAGAUAAUGUAAUACCAUUACUGAAUGAGCAGGAAGACAAGGUUUUCACUGAACCUUUACUAGUUGAUGAGAAAGUAGAUGAUGAACCUAUUCAACCUAUUGAAGACCCGUCCCUUAAGAUAGAAGAAGAUAAAUUCUCAUCUGACGAUGAAGUAUUAAUUAAAAUAAAAAAACCUGUCAUAGAAAAGAGAGUUACUAGAAAAAAGAAAUCAGAUUGCAUAAAAAAUGGGAAAGAAAUUAAAAAGAAAUUAUUUAAGAAGCCAAAGAAGGUAGAAGAUAUGGAAACGGAGAAAUUUAAAGCUGAAACAAAGAGAGCUAAUUAUUUGAACCCUAAAAACUGGUUAACUGUUUACCUUUCAGAAGAAGAGGCUGAGAAGAGUUUUAAGGCCAAAGCAGAAGAUCCCAAGUUCUUGAAGUCUCCUUUUAGAUGUUAUCAGUGUUAUAAAGGGUUUUCAAAACAGGAUAUGCUGGACAGACACACUAAAUUACGUCAUUCUGAGACUCUCGGACCAAUCGAAUGUAAGUUCUGUCACAUGCGUUUCAAAUGGAAGUGCUUUCUGAACAGACACAUGCCCCGACAUUACACUAUAUACAAAUGUUUGAGAUGUAAUUUAACUUGUACGAUUGAAUCAUCUGCAGUAUUCCAUGAAGAUUAUCACAAUGGUGUAAUAAGGAAAUGUAAGCAUUGUGGGGAAGAAUUUAGGCACUCGUCGACGUACUACACGCACCUGCGCACGCACCGCAGCCAGUACCUGUGCACGCUGUGCGGCGUCUCGUUCGUGAGCGAGGCCGGCCUGCAUCUGCACAAGCUGGCCAAGCACAUCGACGACAAGCCGUCCGCAGGAGGCGCGAAGCAGCAGGGCGAGGUGAACACGUACUGCGAGCGCUGCGACAUCAAGUUCGAGACGAAGGAAGCUUUUGAGGAGCAUCUUUUUCACUCAGACAUGCACUCAGUGGAGCCAGAAGCGAUGGCUGAAGACGUACCGGCGCCGGCCUGUCCCAAGGUGCUGAGGCGGAAAGGGACGAGGACGCCCCGGAAGCCGACCACUUGCAGCUACUGCGGCAAGGUGUUCCCGACGCAGGCGGCCUGCAUGAAGCACCACCACUCCGAGCAUCCCCGGACGCCGUUCUUCCCGAACGAGCCGCGCCACAUCUGCGAGAUAUGCGGCGUCUCGCUGGCUCCGGUGAGCAUCCAGUCGCACCUGAACACGCACACGCGCGAGCGCCUGUACACGUGCACCACGUGCGGCGUCGUCUUCAACUCCAAGAGCAGCUGGACGAGGCACCAGCUGACGCACACUGGCGAGAAGCCGUUCGCGUGCUCCUUGUGCGACAAACGCUUCACGCAAAGCAACAGCGUCAAGCUCCACUACAAGACUUUCCACCUCAAGGAACCGUAUCCCAAGAGAAACCGUAGGAAGAAAGGGGAAGAUGGCGCCCUCCAGGAUGACUUCAGAGCGGAGGCCGAAUCGGAAUCACUAACGCUCGACAGAUGGCGCUGACGAAAACCUGGGCCCCGGGACCGCGGCGUCUGUACCCUUACCGUCUGAAGAGCGCACUGCCACCCCACAUACACGAGCACUCAUUUACUUGCCACUUAACGAGAUCAACGCGUAUCUAUGGCAAGACUGGCGAGAAAGGGACAGAGUAUGCUCUCUGUCACUCUCUGUUUCGCUCCAUAUAAAAUAAACUCAUCGAUCUGAGAACAUUAUUCUAUAUCAACAGAUUUAAUUAUUCUAUAUUCUUUAUUUUUGUAUAAAAAUUCAUAAGUAAAAAAAUAUUGCAUUGAAGCUAUUUAAAAGACUUCAUUGUAAUCACUUAUACGAUCUAAGUAAUUUUGCAUUUAUUAUUUUUCUUGUACUAAUUUAGACAGAGACAACCAAAUUUCGUGUUUCGUUUUUCCACAGACAACUAAGAUGUUCGUCAAAAAUAUUAAUAGGUACGUUUCUUUUCACACAGAUAUAAAUAACAGUGUCUUAAUUUGUGGCUCUUUGAUUUGAGCCUUUAUCUUUACGAUAAAAUAAACUAAUUGCUCGUCUUAAACAAUUAAGAAUGUCACUAAAGAAUAAUUUAUAAUGUUGAAGCUGUUUGUCUGAACUCGCAAAUAAAACGCUACGAUAGUGGUUCUUGUAAAAGUCAAGGUAAAGGAGUGUUUAAUACAUUUUAUGGGUAAAGGUAUCUUCCAAAUGCAAUACUUCCAGAUAAAACCUCAAAAAUCCAGAUUUAAUUUUCAAGAAAGGCUCGAGACGUCAAAACUAAACGCGAACAAUCGAUAUUAACAAGAAAAGUCUACCUCUUAGACAAGGUUUAUACUGUAGAUAGCCAUAGAUUAUAGACUAAUUUACAACAUAGAUGUUAACUGCAUAGAUAAUACAAUUUAUACUAAACAGAUUACAGUACAUAGAUAAACUAUACGAGACUAUUUUAAAUACUAACAUAGAAUCUAUUUUAAAGUGCAUAGGGUUGCUAGAUACGUAUAGUUAUAGCUUAAAAUGUAGAUUAUAGCUUAAAAUGUACAAAAGUUGCAGUACUGAGAAAAGUUGACGAUCUGUUUGUUUGUAGCGUUGACGAUUUGUUGAUGGUUUACGGAGAACUAACUAUGUGUUGCAAGUUAAUAAAUGGUUCUGGAAAUUACAGGAAAUCAGAAAAAAUGUGGGAUUCCCCACAAACCUACAAUUUGUAGAUCACACAUAAAAAAAUGUCCAAAAGCAUUGCAGUACUGAGAAAGUUGACGAUCUGUUUGUUUGUAGCAUUAACGAUUUAUUGAUGGUUUGUUUAUAAUGUUGAUAGUACUUACGGAGAACUUACUAUGUGUUGCAAGUUAAUAAAUAGUUCUGGAAAUUACAGGAAAUCCAAAAAAUGUGGGAUUCCCCACAAAUCUACAAUUUGUAGAUCACACAUAAUGAAAAAUGCCUUAAAGUAUUAACACUUAAAUAAUGUUUAUGUGACGACCAGAUUAUUAUCGUUAAGAUAAAUUAACGUUAUUGAAGUUAAUUUAGUCUGUCAUCAUUCAUAGUACUCGUUGUUUGAAGAUCAGAUUAUCGUUUCAUUGUGACAGCUUAGAUACAUAACUCGUAUGUAUUAGAUAUGUACAAAUUGUUUUGUAACAAUAUUCAGUAUGCAAUAAAUGUUAAGUAAAAUUACUUAAAUCACAUUAGCUUACGUAUAUAUCUUAGCAUUUCAACUUUUGUAAGAUCUCAGCUGUGAAAAAGUCUGGUUUCAUUACUGUACCAACUCACCCUCUUUACAUUAAUGCUUCAGAUAAGAUACAGAUUUUUCCGGGUACAAGAGUUGCUUGUGUCACUCUGUUUCUUAAACUACCAGUCGCAUAGCAACCGUUACCACGGUAACGCGCUAUGCGUAUGCUUCCCUAUUGUGAAUGCGAUAGUCGCUGUAAUAUCCAUUUUAGAUAGGAUUUACGUAAUAUCGAAAAAUUAGUAUUUUUUUUUUAUUGCUUAUAUGGGUGGACGAGCUCACAGCCCACCUGUUGUUAAGUGGUUACUGGAGCCCAUAGACAUCUACAACGUAAAUGCGCCACCCACCUUGAGAUAUAAGUUGUAAGGUCUCAGUAUAGUUACAACGGCUGCCCCACCCUUCAAACCGAAACGCAUUACUGCUUCACGGCAGAAAUAGGCAGGGUGGUGGUACCUACCCGUGCGGACUCACAAGAGGUCCUACCACCAGUAAUUACGCAAAUUAUAAUUUUGCGGGUUUCAAUUUUAUUACACGAUGUUAUUCCUUCACCGUGGAAGUCAAUCGUGAACAUUUGCCGAGUACAUAUUUCAUUAGAAAAAUUGGUACCCGCCUGAGAUUCGAACACCGGCGCAUCGCUCAACACGAAUGCACCGGACGUCUUAUCCCUUAGGCCACGACGACUUCAAAAGUAUUUAUUAUUUAUGCGGAAUUUAAAACAUGUCGGAGAUCUCAGAGUGGAUGAGGGAAUGACAACUGACUUUCAAGCUAAUCUAUAAUUUUGUGAUGCAACGAACAAACACGCAUAGUACUGGUAUGUAUGAGGUUACUACAAAUGGUAGAAGGGUUAUUGUGUUGUUUUUGUUUUUUUAAACUGCAUGUCCUACUGAAAGCACAGAAGUAAACAUCCGGAUUGAGUGUUGCAAAGUUUCGAAUGGUGUUUCUUUAUGGAAUAAAGUUUAAUAGAUGCAUUUAUAA